AUGAAGGGCAUCUUGGGCACUGCAGUUGUGUGCGUCAAGCGCACGCUGGACUUCGCAAUCAAACCGCAACUCGACCCUGGGAGAAAGGCGAUGCGAACGGAGGGCCUGAAGCACUCAAUCAACCCGUUCUGCGAGAUUGCAGUUGAAGAGGCAGUUCGGCUGAAGGAGCAAGGUCUCGUCCAGCGGAUCGUUGCAGUCUCUGUUGGCGGCCCAGGCGCUCCCCAGCCUCAGCAGGACGUUCUGCGGCACGCACUGGCGAUGGGAGCCGACGAGGCUGUGCUGAUUCAAAGUCCUUUUAAACCCGACCUUCACCUUCAGACUCUGCCGACAGCAAAGAUUCUACGGAGCUUCGUGAAAAGUCGACGAGGGCAACUUGUUCUCCUCGGCAAACAGUCCACCGACGGCGACAACCAGCAAGUGCCACAGCUGCUCGCAGGCCUCCUCGGGUGGCCUCAAGCGACGUGUCUCUUCAAGCUCGAAGUCUCCGCGGUGCCUGACCGUCUCUUGGAGGCGCUGGAAGGGAACGAAAGACUCCCUGAGGAGGAAAAACAGAGACGACUCGAGAAGCACAGGGCGAAAGUGCUCCUAGCAACCAGAGAAAUUGACGGCGGGCUCCAAACGGUCCGCCUAGCCCCGCCAGCCGUUCUGAGCUGCGAUUUGCGUUUGAACACGCCGCGGUUCGUCACGCUUCCGAACUUGAUGAAGGCAAAGAAGAAACCGAUCCCUGUCCUUGACGCUUCAAAGCUCGUGAGCGAAUCUGAUCUAAAGCCACGUCUCGAAAUCUUGAGAGUCGAGGAACCUCCUCGCCGUGCGCCUGGGCGCCGCGUCGCUAACGUUGACGAGCUGAUUGAGAGGCUUAUCACUGAAGCAAAAGUUAUUCAUUCUUGA